AUGAAUUCUUUUGAUGCGGAUAAGAAAUUACCUGAGAUUGUUGAAGGAAAGGUGGAUUGGAAGGGAAGAGUGGCUAUAAAGUAUAAACAUGGAGGAAUAAGAGCUUCUUUGCUCAUCCUAGCAACAUUCGGAUUCGAGAACCUGGCAACUUUGGGACCGGCAGUGAACAUGGUGACAUACUUUAUUGGGCUGCUGCACUUCGGCGUCGCAGAUGCUUCUAACACUCUUACUAACUUCAUGGGCACUAGUUAUAUUCUCAGCAUUGUUAUGGCCGUUUUCGCGGACACAUUCGUCGGCAGAUUCAAAAUUACAGUCGCCGGAGCAUGCCUUGAAAUUCUGGGACUAGGGUUGCUUGCAAUACAAGCCCACUACCCCAGUCUAAAGCCAGCACCGUGCAACGCCUUCGAUCCAACAGCUAAUUGCGAGAAACUCUCCGGCAGCCAGAAGGCGCUACUUUUUAUCGGUCUAUACUUGUGGGCCAUUGGUGGCGGAGCGACAAAGGCUGGUUUGCCGGCACAUGGCGCCGAUCAAUUCGACGAGAAAGACCCGAAAGAGGCGAAGCAGAUGUCCACCUUCUUCAACUCGCUGUUGCUCGCCGUAUGUAUUGGUGGUGCUGUUAGCAUAACUCUCCUAGUCUGGAUCCAAGAUAAUAAAGGCUGGGACUGGGGUUUUGGGGUCUCCACAAUAGCCAUGAUCUUGGCUGUCUUUUUAUUUGUUGCAGGAUUGCCCAUGUACCGCCUGCAAAUUAUUGGAGAUCCUACUAACCCAGCUGCUGAAAUUAUACGGGUAUUUGUUGCAGCCAUCCGCAACAGGAACCUUAGCCUUCCCGAGGACCCAACAGACCUCUACGAGUUAAACAAGGACAAAGAAGCUGCUCUCGAAACCGAAUUCCUUCCUCACACUGAUACUUUCAGGUUCUUAGACAAAGCAGCAAUAAUCUCCGACGUUACCUACCAACCAGAAACUUCGCCUCCAAAUCCAUGGCGACUCUGCAGAGUAACUCAAGUCGAAAACGCCAAGACCCUUCACGGGAUGAUCCCGAUCUUCGGCUGCACAAUCAUCAUGACUCUCUGCCUCGCUCAGCUCCAAACAUUCUCCAUCCAACAAGCCCAAACCAUGGACAAAUCCAUAAACUCCAACUUCGAAAUCCCCGCGGCCUCCCUCCCGAUCCUCCCCGUCGCCUUCCUGAUCGUCAUCAUCCCGUUCUACGACAGAAUCGCCGUACCUUUCAUCCGAAAAUUCACCGGCGUCCCCACCGGCAUCACCCACCUGCAGCGCAUCGGCGUCGGCCUCGUCCUCUCCGCUAUCUCCAUGGCCGUCGCCGCCAUUCUCGAGGUCAAACGCAAGGCCGUCGCCCGCGAGCACAACCUCCUCGAUGCGAACCCGAAAACGCAGCCUCUGCCGAUAAGCAUCUUCUGGCUGUCGUUUCAGUUCUUCAUAUUCGGGAUCGCCGACAUGUUUACCUACGUGGGGUUGUUGGAGUUCUUCUACUCCGAAGCUCCCAAGGCUUUGAAGUCGCUCUCGACUUGCUUUCUGUGGUGUUCAAUGGCGCUCGGGUAUUUCUGCAGCACGGUUUUGGUGAAGAUGGUCAACCGAGCCACCAAGGGGAUUACGAGAAGUGGGGGUUGGUUGGCUGGGAAUAAUAUAAACAGAAAUCAUUUGAAUCUGUUCUAUUGGUUGCUUUCGAUUCUGAGCUUGAUCAAUUUCUCUGUGUAUUUGUUUGCUGCGUGGAGGUAUAAGUAUAGAGCUCAAAUUAGUCCAGUGGUGAAGAAUGGUGAUGAUCGUGAGGAGAAAAGCAAGGCAUAG